CCGCGUCGCUGGCGCUUUUCCAGUCUGGACUCGUCGCCUCGCAGAGCUUAUCUCCUCAGCUUCUCUUGAGUAAUCCACAUCCCCCGAUCUCCACCUACUACCCAGGUAGCACGACCUCCCCGCAUCGCUCGCAGCCCUGGGACACUUCGCCACGGCCGCCGGCACUCCGCCGGAUCUCCUGCACCACCGGGCAUGGCGCGGGCUCCACACCAGCUCCCCCCGACACUCCGCCGGAUCUCCCGCACCACCACCGGGCCAUCCAUGUCGCGGGCUCCAACACCCGCUCCCCCCGCUUCCCCGGCCAUGGCACGGGCAGUUGGGCGGCCAUGCUCAUGCCCAGCACCGGCCGUCUCGCUGAGCCGUCUCUUCCGGGAGGUCGCACAUCGGAAGAAGGCCGUCUCCCCCAAGAAGAAGUACCCGCGGCCUACCCUCGUCGCCGCUAUCCGCCGCCGACCGUACCUGGAUGGACGCCUCCUUGAGGCCAAGCUUGCGCGUGGCUGCGGCAAUCCGGCUUUCUUGGCGUCAACACGGUCUGCAUCCAUCCAUGCGCAUUGGCGGUUGUGCAUUACGGCCUCUGCUUCCCUUCGUCGCGCCUGAUGCAUGCCAUGGCGCCCGCGCCCUCAAGCUCCAGCACCAGCCCCGCCUUCCCGCGUCGCGCCGCAGCCCGCGUUCCUCUGCUCCGACCGCGCCCUCGCGCCCGACACCUGCACCGGCCACUCCUCCGGCCCACGCCACACCGGCGACCACCAAGAACCCCGCCACCUCCUCGCCUCCUCUUAGUGCAUGUCGCCAGGAGCGCCACCGCCAUACUUCCUCCUGACGACUGCGGCAAGCAGCAGCGCCUUCCUUGGCUUCUGCGGCGUGGACGCCGGCGCGCCGGCGCCAAGCAGCGGCGUGUACCCAUCGGUGGAGGCUGCGAAUGGAUAAGAGCCAGUAGAAAAUAAGGAUUAAGGACUGCGGGCUGAAUUCCAACUAAUGCAGGUUCUUUUUGCAAAAACAAAACGUUUUUCCAGAGUGCCACUUAAACAGGGACUGCGGGUUGAUUUCAAAGAAACACAGGGGCUUUUUUACAAAAACGCUGACGACGUACGACCAGAAGCAGUAUUUGCUUUAUUAGUAGGGAAAAGAUAGAUAUAGAUUUCUAUUAACUGUCCGCUAUUGGUCUGGCCCGUUGCUGUAGCUCCGACGCGAAAGAUCCGUUCAGUCUAGCUUAAAGCGAGAUAUAGUCGCCGCGCUGGGUGAACGUAGCAACAUCUACUAGUGGCAGCGACUACUGUGCUAAAUGGGCCAGCCCGCUGUUGGUCAACCGUAGGCGAUUCCUGUUAUCAAUCAGUACGGGUGUCACAUAGCUAUCAUGCCAAGGACGCAUAUAGUGGCCGGACAGUAUCGAAUCGACUGUUUCUUUCAAUUUUGUUAUUUCUUUUUUCUUUUUUCCUUCUUCUAAUUUUUUUAUUUUAGAAAAUACUCUAAAAAUAAUUUGAAAACUUAAAUGUACUAAAAGUUUCCUAAAAAUGAAAAAAAAUGGUAACUCAGUGCAAAAUAUUGUUAGUGUCAAUUUUUAAAAAUGUUGAUGACAUUAUUUGACAUUUGAAAAUGUUUUGCACAUAUUCAAAACAAUGGACAAACACAUAUAUUUGAGAAAUGUUAAAUGUGUAUGAUAAAUAUUCUAGAAGAAUACAAAAAUGUAUAACCCAUAUGAAAAAAGUAGACAUCUAAAACAUUUAACCAAAAAAAUUAAUCAUUUAUUUUAAAAUGUUAAACACGUAAAAAAAUAUUCCUGGUGUAUAGAAAAAAGUACAACAUGUAUGAAAAAAAUGUACAAGGUGUAUGGAAACAAGCAUAUGGGAAAAAAAAUCAACAAAUGUUGAUCAUGAUGUAAAAGAUGUUAAAUGUGUAUAUAAAAUAUGUUCUUGAUGUA